AUGGGGGAUCCCGGCUCCCUGGUCACGGAAGGCGGCGCGGGUGAACGGAGCUGGUGCUUGCGGCGAGUGGGGAUGAACGCCGAGUGGCUGCUGCUGGAGGAUGGAAGCGAGGUGACUGUAGGGCGAGGAUUUGGUGUUACAUACCAGUUGGUAUCAAAAAUCUGCCCUCUGAUGAUUUCCCGAAACCACUGUAUUUUGAAGCAGAAUGCUGAGGGCCAGUGGACAAUUAUGGACAACAAGAGUCUGAAUGGUGUCUGGCUAAACAGAGAACGUCUAGAACCUUUAAAGGUCUAUUCUAUCCAUAAAGGAGAUCACAUCCAGCUUGGGGUACCUCUGGAAAAUAAGGAGAAUGCAGAGUAUGAGUAUGAAGUUACCGAAGAAGAUUGGGAGAGGAUUUAUCCUUGUCUUUCCCCCAAAAGUGACCAGAUGAUGGAAAAAAAUAAGGGCUUGAGAACUAAAAGGAAAUAUAGUUUGGAUGAAUUAGAGGGUUCUGGAGCUGAAGGCCCCUCAAAUUUGAAAUCCAAAAUAAGUAAAUUGUCUUGUGAACUUAGUCAGCCAGUGAAGUCGCAUGGGAAGGGUGAAGUGGCCAGUCCACCUUCUGAAUAUUUAGAUACUAAGUUGACUUCUUUUGAGCCAAGUGGGAAGACCACAGGGGCUCAUGUUAACCCAGGCCCUGCAAAAGUUAUAGAGCUUCAUCGUAAGAAGAAGAAAGCUUCAAAUCCUUCAGCAUCUCAGAGCAACUUAGAGCUGUUUAAGAUAACCAUGUCCAGGAUUCUAAUGCUGAAAACACAGAUGCAGGAAAAGCAGGUAGCUGUUCUGAAUGUGAAAAAGCAGACCAAAAAAGGGAGCUCAAAGAAGAUUGUGAAAAUGGAACGGGAACUUCAGGAUUUACAGUCCCAGCUGUGUGCAGAGCAGGCCCAACAGCAGGCCAGAGUGGAGCAGCUGGAGAAGACCAUCCAGGAAGAGCAGCAGCAUCUCCAGGGUUUGGAGAAAGAGGAAGGAGAAGAGGACCUGAAGCAGCAGCUGGCCCAGGCUCUGCAGGAGUAUCGGGCUCUGAUGGAAGAGCUAAAUCGCAGCAAGAAGAACUUUGAAGCAAUCAUUCAAGCCAAGGACAAAGAAUUGGAGCAGACCAAGGAAGAGAAGGAGAAGGUGCAAGCACAGAAGGAGGAAGUUCUUAGCCACAUGAAUGACGUGCUAGAGAAUGAGCUCCAGUGUAUUAUUUGCUCAGAAUACUUCGUUGAGGCUGUCACCUUGAACUGUGCCCAUAGUUUCUGCUCCUACUGUAUCAAUGAGUGGAUGAAGCGGAAAGUAGAAUGCCCCAUUUGUCGGAAGGACAUCAAGUCCAAAACCCGCUCCCUGGUUCUGGACAAUUGCAUUAGUAAGAUGGUGGACAAUCUGAACUCAGAAGUGAAAGAACGACGAAUUGUCCUCAUCAGGGAACGAAAAGUAACAAUGAAGAGGAGAAAUGAUUCAGAAUGCACUGCCCCUCUCAAGAAACAGAAGAAAAGAGUUGCUGAGCUUGCCCUGAACCUCAGCUCCACAUCUGAUGAUGAGCCUCCCUCCUCUGUCAAUCAUGCAGCAAAAGCAUCUGCUACAAGCCUAAGUGGGUCUGACAGCGAGACUGAGGGGAAGCAACGCAGCUCGGACUCUUUCGACGAUGCAUUCAAGGCAGACUCUCUUGUGGAGGGAACUUCCUCUCGCUACUCCAUGUAUAACAGUGUGUCCCAGAAGCUCAUGGCCAAGAUGGGCUUCAAGGAAGGUGAAGGACUGGGUAAAUACAGCCAGGGUCGGAAGGACAUCGUUGAGGCCUCUAAUCAGAAAGGUCGACGAGGCUUGGGUCUGACACUGCAAGGCUUUGACCAAGAGCUGAAUGUGAACUGGCGAGAUGAGCCAGAGCCCAGUGCCUGCGAGCAGGUGUCAUGGUUCCCAGAAUGUACCACUGAAAUUCCUGACACUCAGGAAAUGAGCGAUUGGAUGGUUGUGGGGAAGAGAAAGAUGAUUAUUGAAGAUGAAACAGAGUUUUGUGGGGAAGGCCUGCUUCACAGCGUGUUGAAGUGUAAGAGUGUGUUUGAUGUCCUGGAUGGGGAGGAGAUGCGGCGAGCUCGGACCCGGGCCAAUCCCUACGAGAUGAUCCGAGGAGUCUUCUUCCUCAACAGGGCAGCAAUGAAGAUGGCUAACAUGGAUUUUGUGUUUGAUCGCAUGUUUACAAAUCCAAGGGACUCUUAUGGGAAGCCACUGGUGAAGGACCGGGAAGCUGAGCUUCUGUACUUUGCUGACGUCUGUGCAGGCCCGGGUGGCUUCUCGGAGUAUGUGCUGUGGAGGAAGAAGUGGCACGCGAAGGGCUUUGGAAUGACUUUGAAGGGUCCUAAUGACUUUAAGCUGGAAGACUUCUACUCCGCCUCCAGUGAGCUCUUCGAACCCUACUACGGUGAGGGUGGGAUCGAUGGAGACGGAGACAUCACUCGCCCAGAGAACAUCAAUGCUUUUCGGAAUUUCGUUCUGGAUAACACCGAUCACAAGGGUGUCCACUUUCUGAUGGCCGAUGGGGGCUUCUCAGUGGAGGGACAGGAGAACCUGCAGGAGAUCCUCAGCAAACAGUUGCUGCUCUGUCAGUUCCUCAUGGCGCUGUCUGUUGUCCGGACAGGAGGCCACUUCAUCUGUAAAACCUUCGAUCUCUUCACACCGUUCAGCGUGGGGCUUAUCUACCUGCUCUACUGCUGCUUUGAACGAGUAUGUCUCUUUAAGCCGAUUACCAGCCGUCCUGCCAACUCAGAGAGGUAUGUGGUGUGCAAGGGCCUGAAGGUGGGCAUAGAUGAAGUGCGGGAUUACCUCUUCUCAGUCAACAUUAAACUCAACCAGCUGCGGAACACUGAUUCUGACGUCAACCUUGUUGUCCCCUUGGAGGUGAUCAAGGGGGACCAUGAAUUUACUGACUACAUGAUACGGUCCAACGAGGGCCACUGCAGUCUGCAGAUCAAAGCUCUGGCCAAAAUCCGUGCCUUUGUGCAAGAUACGACCCUGAUCGAGCCUCGGCAGGCAGAGAUCCGGAAAGAGUGCCUCCAGCUCUGGGGGAUCCCGGACCAGGCUCGAGUUGCUCCUUCUUCCACAGAUCCAAAAUCUAAGUUCUUCGAGCUCAUCCAGGGCACUGAGAUUGACAUCUUCAGCUAUAAGCCCACGCUGCUUACUGCCAAGACCCUGGAGAAGAUCCGCCCAGUGCUCGACUACCGCUGCAUGGUGUCUGGCAGCGAGCAGAAGUUCCUCAUCGGCCUGGGGAAGUCUCAGAUCUACACGUGGGAUGGCCGCCAGUCAGACCGCUGGGUCAAGCUGGACCUGAAGACAGAGCUACCCCGGGAUACUCUGCUCUCCGUGGAGAUUGUCCAUGAGCUGAAAGGGGAGGGGAAGGCCCAGCGGAAGAUAAGUGCGAUCCACAUCCUUGAUGUCCUCGUGCUGAAUGGCAGCGACGUGCGGGAGCAGCACUUUAACCAACGGAUUCAGCUUGCUGAGAAAUUUGUGAAAGCUGUUUCUAAGCCCAGUCGGCCCGACAUGAAUCCCAUCAGGGUGAAGGAGGUAUACCGGCUGGAGGAGAUGGAGAAGAUUUUUGUCAGGUUAGAGAUGAAGAUCAUCAAGGGCUCCAGUGGCACGCCGAAACUCAGCUACACAGGGCGUGACGACCGGCACUUCGUGCCCACCGGCCUCUACAUCGUCAGGACGGUGAACGAGCCAUGGACAAUGGGAUUCAGUAAAAGCUUCAAGAGGAAGUUCUUCCACAACAAGAAAACCAAGAACUCUACCUUUGACCUCCCUGCAGAUGCCAUUGCUCCAUUUCACAUCUGCUACUACGGCCGGCUCUUCUGGGAGUGGGGGGAUGGCAUUCGUGUGCACGAAUCCCAGAAGCCCCAGGACCCGGACAAGCUGUCCAAGGAGGACGUCCUUUCCUUCAUCCAGACGCACAGCGCCUGA